AUGGGCGCCUUUCUCAGCUGGAUCAAUGAUGCCCUCGCCAAAGAUCCUAAUCAGGGCUCGAGUCAAACCACCUCGUCGUCGUCGCUUUCGGGCAUGAUUUCGACACUGGUCCCUGUUCUAGUGCUCUCCGCCGUCUAUUUCAUCAUCUGGCUCGUCGCCAGACGUUCUCAGACGCGCUUCUACGAACCGAGAGCAUAUCUCGGGUCACUACGGCCCUACCAGCGGUCGCCCGCGCUUCCCAAAGGCUGGUUCAACUGGAUCGGCCCGUUUUGGAGACUUCCUGACGAGACGGCUUUGCGCCACCAGAGCCUCGACGCCUAUCUCUUCAUCCGCUACCUCAAGGUCUGCACUACCAUCGCAUUCGUCAGUCUCUGCAUCACCUGGCCUAUCCUCUUUCCCGUCAAUGCGACUGGCGGCGGGGGCCAGAAACAACUCGAUGUUCUCUCCUUCAGCAAUGUCGACUCUCAGACGCACAAAAACUACUUCUACGCCCAUUGCUUUGUUGGUUGGGUCGUUUACGGCUUCAUCAUGUACAUGAUUACCCGCGAGCUCAUCUUCUACAUCAACAUUCGCAACGCCUUCUUCAACCACCCCAACUAUGCUCGCCGCAUCUCGUCGCGCACCGUCCUCUUCACCAACGUCCCCCAAGACUAUCUCAACGAGGCCCGUCUCGAGGCCAUGUACCCCGGUGCUAUCCGUCACCUCUGGAUUGCUGGUGAUGUCAAGGAGCUCGAAGAGGAGGUGAACAAGCGUGACGAGACCGCUCUCAAGCUCGAAAAGGGCGAGGUUACCCUCAUCAAGGCCGUCAACAAGGCCCGCGCUAAGGAGCUGAAGAAGAAGGGCGGUAAUGCCGAGGAUCAGGCCGCCGUCACCCGCGACGCUGAGACAGGCAACAUCGCCUCCCGCUGGGUUCCCGACAAGAAGCGCCCCUCGCACCGCCUCGGCUUCUUAGGCCUCCUCGGCAAAAAGGUUGACACAAUUGAAUGGGGCCGCUCCGAGCUCAGGGAGAGCAUCCCCAAGGUUCAGGCCGCCCAAGACCAGUACCUCUCUGGCAACUACACCAAGGUCCCCGCCGUCUUCAUCGAGUUCAACACCCAGCGUCAGGCCCAGGAUGCUUACCAGAGCGUUAGCCAUCACACUGCCCUCCACAUGGAGCCCAAGGCUAUUGGUAUCCAGCCCCAGGAUGUCAUCUGGAAGAACCUUGGUCUCCCCUGGUGGCAGCUCGUCAUUCGCCGCUACGCUGUCUAUGCUGGCGUCACUGCUCUCAUCGUCUUCUGGGCCAUUCCUGUUGCCAUUAUCGGUGUUAUUUCUUCCGUCGACACCAUCAAGGGUCUCCCUGGUCUGACCUGGAUUGGGUCCAUCCCACCCGUUAUCCUGGGUGUAGUCUCCAACCUGCUGCCCUCGGUUGCUCUCGCCAUCCUCAUGUCCUUUGUUCCCGUCUUUAUGCGGGGGUUCUCUCACCUCGCUGGCGCCAAGACCAACACCGAGUCUGAAUUGUUCACUCAGCAGACGUACUUCAUUUUCCAGGUCAUUCAAGUCUUCCUCAUCCGCACCAUGACCAACGCCUUCGCCGACUCGAUCGUGCAGAUCGCCCAGGACACGUCGAAGAUCCUUCCCGCCCUUGCUACCAACAUUCCCAAGGCCUCCAACUUUUACAUCUCGUACUUUAUCGUACAAGGUCUGACGAUUGCCAUUGGCACCCUUACCCAGGUUGUCGGACUGGCCAUCUUCAGAGUGCUCUACAAGUACCUCUCUGGCACCCCCCGCGCCCUCUUCGAGAAGUGGACGACGCUGGCUGGUGUUCUUUGGGGAAGCGUCCUUCCCGUCUACACCAACAUUGUCGUGAUUGGCAUUACGUACUCGGUCAUUGCCCCUCUCAUGCUCUUCUGGUCCACGCUUGGUCUCUUCCUCUUCUACCUCGCCUACCGCUACAACCUGAUCUUUGUUAGCGAGACGACUGUGGACACCAAGGGUCUCAUCUACCCCCGUGCUCUCAAGCAGCUCUUUGUUGGUGUCUACCUUGGUGAGGUCUGCAUCUUUGCUCUUUUCGUUCUCGCCAAGACGCCUGGCCCCGCUGUCCUGAUGGGUAUCUUUGUCUUCUUCACCAUCUUGUACAAUAUUACUCUUCUCAAGACGUUUGGUCCUCUGCUGCGCGGUAUCCCCACCAGCCUGGAAGCCGAAACCCAGCUCAGCGCUGGCCACCUUGGCACUGCUGGCACGGGCGCCGCCAUUGACGACAAGGCGGAGAUUGCCGGGAACGGUGCCAACGGUGCCUCUGUUGGCAAUGGCGCCAAUGGUGCUCAUGCCAAGGGCAGCUCUGUCGCUGCGCCUACCGCUGCCAAGCCUAAGGGCAACAUCUUGCAGCGCUUCCUCAAGCCCUGGAUCUACUCUGACUACCACGUUCUUCAGAGGCUCAUCCCUGCCAACGACUACGAUCUGCACGAUGAGAUCUCGGCCGAGGCUUCUGCUCAGGCUUACCUGCCGCCGGCGGCUUACAAGCAGGUGCCCAACCUCUGGAUCCCUCAAGAUAUCGCGGGUGUUUCCAAGCAGGAGAUUGCCGAGACCUCCAAGGUCAUCCGCAUUUCCGACGAAGGCUGCACUCUGGAUGAGAAGGGUUCCAUGCACUGGGACGAGGACAACGCGCGCCCUCCCAUCUACACGGAGAAACCCGAGUAUUAA